AUGGACCCAGUCGUCCCUCCAGAAAUCACUGCUGAACUGACGCAAAUACUCUCCAAUCUCGUACUGGGUGACAAUGAGAUCAGAUCCAAUGCCGAGCAAACAGUCAACGACCGCCUGGCACAUACGCCAGAGCUUUAUCUUCUGGCGUUAGCUCAAUUUUCGAUUGUAGCAGAUACAGAAGUGAUGCGUUCGUUUUCCCUUGUUCUCCUUAGAAGACUGCUUUUUCGUCAGUCGCAAGCGAGCUCACCGACACAACCACGCCUCACUUUGUAUGACCACCUAUCGUCGCAAACCCUGACCACCCUCGAGCGGCUCCUUCUGCACUCCCUUUCCCACGAGCCGUCAUCAGUAGUGCGCCGGAAAUCCGUGGACUCAGUAUGUGAUCUCGCAAACCAGGGCAUGUCUCGAGGCCGGCCAUGGCAUGCAUUACAAGCCCAAGUUUUUUCUAUGGCGCGAGAUCAAGACCCUUCCAUGCGGGAAACAGCUUACCGUGUCUUCACGGGCUGUCCUAACCUCGUCAUGGACCUCCAAACCGAUGCUGUGCUCAAUGUUUUUAGAAACGGCUUACAGGAUCCAUCAUCUAUUGAUGUUCGACACGCGGCCCUCCUGGCAUCUGUCGCUUACCUUAAUGCAGCAGACGCAACCCAGCUUGCCCAAUCGUUGUCUCUCAUGUAUCCUAUCCUCGAGACACUACCAUCUACUCCCCAUCGGCAUCUCACUUCCCUUUUGACUGCAUUACACCCUCUAUGUUCCACACAUCCAACACUUUUUUCAAUCCAUUUACAAGGUUUAUUAUCCUUCCUUCCUUCCUUGGUUCUACCGGCUGCCGACAGUGGCCCAACUCCAACGAUGAAACAACCAUUUACGUUUCCUCCUUCGUCUUCAUCCCAAGGAAAAGACUCCGAUCAAGAUGACGAGGAUAUCAAAACCCUGAGACUCGCUGCCUUGGAGAUGAUGGUUAGUCUAACGGAAGCCAAGCCGAGUAUGGUCAGGAAUGUCGAGGGGUGGGUAGGAUUACUCGUCCGUGCUUGUCUCGAGGGUAUGGGCGAAUAUGAUGACGAUGAAGACAGUACGAUAGAGUGGCUCAAAGAAGACCCAUCUACAGGGACAACGGAAGCAGAUGACGCCGCACCUGCUCUGUAUGAACAUUCCCUUGAUCGCGUCGCCUGCGCGUUGGGAGGGAACGCAGUCCUUCCGCCGGCAUUUCAAUAUAUCCCUUCUAUGCUUGCAAGUUACGACUGGAGGGCGAGGCAUGCUGGUCUUAUGGCUAUUGCGGCCAUCGCAGAAGGUACCGGAAAGACCAUGCAAAACGAGUUAACCAAAGUAGUAGGGCUUGUGACCCCGAUGUUCGCAGACACACACCCUCGAGUGCGCUGGGCGGCAUGCCAAUGCGUGGGUCAACUCUGCACUGAUCUCGCGGACCUUCUACAAGAAAGCCACUAUGACUCUCUUCUGAACGUCCUCAUACCCACACUAGAAGACCCUGAACCUAGAGUUCACUCUCACGCCUCGGCGGCUUUGAUUAACUUUUGCGAGGGCGUUGAGCGGGAUACCCUUUUGCCGUACCUGGAUCCUAUCGUGGAACGAUUGCUGAAACUGCUUACCGGCACAACAGAUAGACGAUAUGUUCAGGAGCAAGCUAUCACAACACUUGCAAUGGUGGCCGAUGCUAGCGAGAGGACGUUCGGGAAGCAUUAUGCUAUCAUAAUGCCGCUGUUGCUAAAUGUACUGCGUAACGCUGAUUCUAGCGAGUUCAAACGGAUGAGGAAUAAAGCUAUGGAGUGCGCAGGGCUGAUAGCUAUUGCGGUUGGACCGGAUACUUUCCGACCAGACUCCGGCACGCUCGUUGAACUUCUCAUCCGCAUUCAAAAAUCUCCUCCGGAUCCUUCUGACACACAGGUAGCGCAUUAUCUCAUGGGCACCUGGGCCAAGGUCUGCCAAGCUAUGGGGCUAGAAUUUGAGCCUUACCUUCCCGUGGUUAUGCCGGGUCUCUUGGCGAUGGCGAGUAAGAAGGCGGAUGUCAGUGUUUAUGACGCACCGGCCUCCCCUACCGAGACCCCACCGUCGACGCCAGGCUGGGAUAUCAUCUCCAUGGAUAAUCAGCUCCUCUCUGUGCGUACGUUAGGUAUAGAGGAAAAAUGCCAGGCUUUGGAGACAAUGCUCAUCCACGCCUCGACCCUGGGAAGCAAAUACGGCAUGUGGGUCAGCCAGAGUUUGGAAGUCGCUCUAGGGGGAUUGAAAUUCUAUUUUCACGAUGGUGUAAGAGAGGCAUGCGCCAUGCUCCUUCCAAUUCUCCUGCACUCGGGCCAUACUUCCGGUACCCUCACGCCUCAGAUGAUCCAUGCAACAUAUGCUCAGCUCAUCUCGUGUGUGACGUCGGAGCACGAUGCCGGAUUCCUCAGCUCGCUAUUCAAGAGCCUAAGUGACUGUUUGAAGAUCAGCAUACAGAUGUCUCACGAUGUUGUGACACCGGAAGUGAAGCAAAGCAUCUUGGAUGCGAUUAAGCGGCAACUGAGCCGGAUCGCGGAGGUACGUCGGGGAAGGACAGGGCGACAACUGGACGAGGAGGAAGACGAGGAUUUAGCGCUGAUUGAGGAGAUGGAGGAUUUCGCAUUGGAAGAUAUGGGAAAGCUUUUGGAAGUGUUGUACGAAGGGAGAAUACCGCCUGGGCCGGACGGUGAGGCUCUGCUGGUGGGACUGGGAAGUGUCAGGGAUCUAGGAACCUCGAAGUUGAGGCAAGAAUGGGAGCUGUGA